AUGGAAAGGAAUCCGCAUCGGCUCGUUGACAACGAGCUCCGGAGCUAUCUUCAACACGUCAAGGGCAUCAUCGACAAAAACGAGUUCGAAGAUGAAGAAGAGCGGCAGAUUUUGCUGAACAAUGUGUUCUCGGAGCUGCGGCACAAGGAGCUCAACAUCGCCACCCACUCAGGCGUGACGCGCACGCUCGAGGGCUUCCUGCCCCUCUUCUCCCCCUACAAACUGCGCGCCUUCCUCUUCCACCUCCGCCAACGCUACGUGAGACUCAGCACGGAUUGCGCGGGCUCGCACAUCUUCGAGAAGGUGAUCGGCCUGUUCGGCAAGUUCCUGGGCGACGAAGACGCCGACGCCGACGAGGAGCUGGACGACGGUGAGGGCGAGGAGGCCAAGGAGAAGAUCCCGUCGUGCGUCGACACGCUGCUCGGCGUGUGCGACGAGCUGGCGCCCGAGCUGGGCGCGCUCACGACCGACAACUACUCGACCCACGUCGUGCGCACCCUGCUGCGCGUCCUCGCGGGCCUCCCGCCCAGCGAGCCCAAGACCGAGCAGGAGAAGGACGACGCACAGUCAGUCGCCCCCAAGAAGGUGCCGAAGAAGCUGCUGGAGAAGGCCAAGGAGGUGAUAGAGGCCAUCUUGCUGCAGCUGCAGGACGACAAGCACCAGGCCCAGGACAUCAUCUUCCACCGCUGCGCCUGCCCCACCAUUCAGACGAUCUUGGCGGUGUUGAAGCAGCUGGACCCGGAGCGGAUGGAGGCGUUGAUCGCGCAGAUGCUGAUGCUGGACUCCAAGGACUCGGCGGCCACCCUCAAGCACGUGGGCAAGGCCCUGCGCCACCCCAUCGCCAGCCACUUCAUCGAGAAGGCCCUCCAGCUCUGCUCGCCGGAGACCUACGUGCGCAUCUACUCGGACUUCUUCCGUCACAACAUCGUCGAGUACGGCAAGGACGCCUCGGCCAACUACGUCGUCCAGCAGUUGAUCGCGAGCGCGCGGCACCACGCCCAGCCGAAGCUCAUUUUCGAGGAACUCAUGGAGAGCCCCCACAACGUCAAGUCUCUCUUCAAUUCGGGUAAGGCGAGUGUGAUGUUGAAGCUCGUCGAGGCGUUCACCAAGUUCACCGACAUCCCCAAGAAGGACAAGCGAGCACUCUGCACGAGCAUCCGCGACGUGUUCAUGGUGGAGGGCGAGCAGCCGGCGGCGGUGGCCGAGGCGGAGUCGGAGGCCGCCGGCGGAAAGGGGGCCAAGAAGGCGGCCAAGAAGGAAAGCGAGAAGGAGAGCGGCCGCGUGUUCGACCUCAAGGGCCUCCUCGAGGUCAAGUCCGUUGUGCGCGACGCCCCCACCAAGCCCGCAUUCGGCAAAAAGAAGAAAAGCGGCAAGAGGGCCGUGAGUCCGUUCUCGCCGAUCGGCUGUCGCCUGGUGCAGAGCCUCAUGCUGUUCCCCUUUGACUGCGUAGACUUCCUGCUCAACAGUUUCCUGGCCCUGGACACGGAGUACCUGUUGACCAUGGGUCUCGACUCGGCGGCCAGUCGCGUUGUCGAGCACAAGCUGAAGCUCAUCAGGACCAUGCACGGCGUGUACGGCAAGCUGGCCGUGGACCGAUGCGGCAGCCACAUCGUGGAGAAGUGCUACAAGGCGGCCGACGUCAACGUCAAGGCGAUGAUUGCGGACGAGUUGGUGGUGGACGAGAAGAAGCUCGACGCCGAGAAGUACGGCAAGGCCGUACUCAUCAAGUGCAAGAUCGGUGCGUACAAGAUGAAGAAGGAGGCGUGGACGGAGAAGGCGGCUUCCAUCGACAAGAAGCGAAAGAUGUUCGAGGACAUCCUCAAUGACCAGGACGACGACCUCCUGCCCUCCGCCAAGGCCGUCGAGCUCGCCUCGCCCGACCAAGCAGAGAAGCCGGAGAAAAAGAAGAAGAAGGAGAUCGGGGGAUUCGUGGUGGACAAGUACGGGUCGGCAGCGCUCAAGGAGGAGCUCCGGAGAGCAGCCAAGAGGCAAAAAGAAGAGGGCGAAGAGGAAGAAGACGACGAGGAUGAAGACGAAGAAGAUGAAGAGGCGAAGAAGUCGAAGACGAAGGCGGGCAAGCGCAAGCAGCUCGACGCUGUGGAGUCGCAGAUGAUGGAGCUGUUGGGCUACGGCGGCGAUGAUGCCGACAGCAGCAGCAGCAAGAAGCGAAGGCGAGAUGAUGAUGGCGAUGGAGAAGAGACGAACAAGAUCAAGAAGAGCAACCAGCCGACGAAGAAGAAGAAGAACCAGAACAAGAAGCCAAGACGGGAGGAGAAGGAGGCGAGUGGCGACACGUCGCUGGGCUUCAUCAUGGACGUGAUCUCGGCCACGCGGAGCAACAAGCGAGCAGAGACGCCCAAGCAGAAGCAGCAGGUCAAGGAGGCUCAGGAGGCCAAGCUCAACAAGAAGAAGAAGCAGAACAACGACAAGACGGCGGAGAAGCAGCAGUUGCUGGCCCAGCAGACGAACAGCACCGGCGGCAACAAGAAGGAGAAGAAGCAAAAGGAGGAGAAAGACGGGUGGGCGGGCUUCUUCAGCGAUGAAUGA